GCGGACCUCCGCCGCGGUUUUUGCGCACAACUGUUCUGCGUGUCGUCCGAGAUACACUAGUUUUAUCCUGUGCAAACCUGUGCGCGGGUGCACUGCAGCAAAGAGAGAGAGUGUGUGUUUGUGUGUAUCGUGUUUUAUGGGGGGUGAUUUUAGUGUGUUCACGAGUGACAUUUUAAGCUGCCAUUCUCCAAGCGGUCCAACCGUUAGGAAUUUCUCGCAUUGCCCACAGUGAAAACCCUUCAGGUCUGACGGUUGUGUUGGUUGUCUGUUUGUUAAGCGUGCGGUUGGUCAGCCUCUGUUGCAGGCAACCUUCAUCCUUCCGUUCCUCCCGUACCCGCCACCAUCAGCAACAUCUCCUGAGCACUGGAACGACACGAACCAAGCCACGGUUUACGACACGAUCAACCGAUACUGCUGCGCACACCAGCGUGCCGCGACCACACAGAACCACAAUUGCCAAUUACUUCGUGUACUAUUGCCGCAACAACGACGACGAUAGCGACGAGCAGCAAAUAUCAACCGCGUGUUGCAACCCCGCGGGCACCGUUUGUCACUAGCUACGAGUGGAACCGACCGGACUGGCCGCAGUUAUCGUUCAGCGCCGAUCGACGCAGAACCGACGUCUACACAGUUAGCUACACAGCAACCACCUAGCAAGAUGAGCAUGAGUUCAUACACCGAGAGCAGCUCGGAAGAGGAUGAUCUUUCACCCCGCGACAAGGUACAGCAGAACUCGAAGGGGUUUGCCGAUUUUUGCGUUCGAAACAUCAAGCAGCAUGCGUUCGGACGGCACGAGAUCGAGAUCGCCGAGCAGGAGAUGCCUGGAAUCAUGGGACUACGCAAGCAGGCGCUCGACGACAAACCGCUGAAAGGUGCCAACAUCGUCGGUUGUACGCACAUCAACGCCCAGACGGCCGUCCUGAUCGAAACGCUCAUCCACCUUGGCGCGAACGUCAGAUGGGCCGCCUGCAACAUUUACUCCACACAGAACGAGGUGGCAGCUGCGCUAGCCGAAAGUGGAGUACCCAUCUUUGCGUGGCGUGGUGAAAUUGAGGAAGACUUUUGGUGGUGUAUCGACAAAUGUGUCCACGCCGAAAACUGGCAGCCUAACAUGAUCCUAGACGACGGAGGCGAUGCGACGCAUCUAAUGCUAAAAAAGUAUCCGGUUAUGUUCAAGAUGAUCAAAGGCAUCGUAGACGAGAGUGUGACAGGUGUUCACCGGCUGUAUCAGCUGUCGAAGACCAGUAAGUUGACCGUGCCGGCCAUGAACGUGAAAGACGCCAUCACCAAGACCAAGUUCGACAGUCUAUAUAGCUGCAAGGAAUCCGUUAUCGACAGCUUGAAGCGCGCAACGGACAUAAUGAUUGGCGGCAAGCAGGUGGUGCUGUGCGGUUACGGAGAAGUUGGGAAAGGAUGUGCCCAAGCGCUCAAGGGUCUUGGCUGCAUCGUCUACGUGACUGAGAUCGAUCCGAUCUGUGCGCUGCAGGCGUGCAUGGAUGGGUUCCGCGUAGUGAAGCUCAACGAAGUGAUUCGGACGGUCGACGUGGUUAUCACCUGUACUGGUAACAAAAACGUUGUAACGCGCGAGCACAUGGACAAGAUGAAGAGCGGGUGUAUCGUUUGCAACAUGGGUCACUCGAACACUGAGAUUGAUGUAAACAGUUUGCGCACAUCAGAGCUGCAGUGGGAGAAGAUGCGUUCGCAGGUCGAUCACAUUAUAUGGCCGGGCCCCGACGGUAAACGCAUUAUUCUGCUGGCCGAAGGCAGGCUGGUGAACCUGUCCUGUUCGAGUGUGUCUUCAUUUGUGGCAUCGAUUACCGCCGCCACCCAGGCACUCGCCCUUAUCGAACUGUUCAAUGCACCGCCCGGACGCUACAAGGCCGACGUUUACCUAUUGCCGAAGAAAAUGGAUGAGUACGUGGCGAGCUUGCACCUGCAGACGUUAGAUGCGCACCUGACGGAAUUGACCGACGAACAGGCUCGGUACAUGGGCCUCAACAAGGCGGGUCCCUUCAAACCCAACUAUUACAGGUAUUAAAUGCGGCGAACGACAUCGUUGGAUUAGAGAUGAAGGAAGCUUCAUGCUGAAAAUCUCUCAAAUGAUAAUAACAACAACGACAUCGUCGUGCGUCGCCGAUGGUGCUGUGUUGCUUCAUUGCUUCGGCCUUUGCAACCCGUUAUCCUAAGCCGCUGAUUUUAGAUGAAUGAGCAACUGCAGACCACCAUUAUCCUAGGUUUAUGCAUCCGAAACGGUCAAAGAAAGAAAAGAACACAAGAUGUGUUUCUACUCCACACUGAAUUGUAGCAGAGGAUAAAGUGUCAAAGAAAAAGAUGAUAUUUUAUAAAAUUCAUCCCUGAUGGAAGAGCUGAACGCAAAUUUUAUUUUGUUCGUAGUUUGUUUGACAAAUUUUCACACUUACCACAUUUCACUUAAUACCGAUAACGCGCCAUAGCCAAGGUACGCGAGCCUCGGUGAAACUUUAAUGAAUUUCCUUAUUACAUUAUAAAAUAAACAAAUGAAAGUGAAAAUAAUACAAAUGAAAUCGAAAAUAAAACAAAUGAAAGCUACACACAUACACACUUUCAGAAGAAGAAAUAUUAAUUACCAGUAUUUAGAAGCUGUAGAUUAUAGGAUAUAUGAGUAGCCAAGAUUAUGUAUGAUUGAAUUGAAGCCUUACUGAAAACGCUAUUUAACAAUAAAUCUCGCAUCCACGAGCUAAGCAAUGUCACGAUCAAAUGUAGACGAAUUAAGAAUUUGUGCUUUGUUCACUAAGAAGCCACACUGUAAGAUAUACUAUCUAUUGCAACACGCUACGUUCGAGUUUUAUCGCGAUUCAUGUUUUCUUUCUCAUUUCCCCGUGCAAACGUUCCAUUACAACAUGGUGAAAGGAGUACCGAGUAGUUUAAUUAUUCGAUCAGCUACGUUCGUUGCAGUUCUUAGAAACACUUGAGUUCGUGAUUGACUUUGGGAGAGCUGCAUUAGUACAUACUUGCGACACCUACAACGCGCUUCUAGGGGAGACGACUUGAUUUUUGGGCUAUUUUCAAUUGUUUCGUUUGUCUUGCAUACAGGAGAAGGAAUAGAGAAGAUACAAUUAGUAGGAAGAUGUAGAAAUGGAAAAGUUAAAGGAAAGCAAUGGAGAUGGUCACGAGAAGAAAACGAUGAUCAAGUUGCCCGUAAAUAAAAAUCAACGGAUACAAAUAUAAUGAUGGAUGAGUAAUGUUAAAGUUAAAUAUAUAAAACCUUCAUUUCUAUAGACUUUUCAGAUUCCUUCUAGACUUUUCAGAGUUAAUGAUUUCAUUUCGCAUGAAUGGAUGCUUUAUUUGUUGACGUGCAAUACCGACAUAAAUGCUGUGUUGUGCACCUGUUCAGGAAUCUGUGCUUUCAGAUUGAAAAAAAACGAUAAGAAAACGUUUCUUUCAUAAUUUAUCCUAAUGUUCACACUUUUUUUUCAUUAACCUGCGACAUAGUGGUUCAAUUGUUAUACGCUUUGUGCGGUAGUCUUCUAAACGAAAUUACUAUAAGACAAGUAAAAACGCGCGAAGCACAGGGACGUAGCAUCCGAGGCCCGCAUACCAACACACGAUACGUAUAUACUUUUGGCGAACGAAUUGCAAUAAAACAAAUGAACUAGUUUUAAAUGGUUUAAUAUGGUAUUUUUAAAAUCUUAGAAGGACGGACUGAGUCGUAUUUAUAAUAAAUUACUUAUUCG